GCCCAGCUCUCAGUCUGCCCAGGGCUCUCUGGAUGGCAGCACAGCCUGCAGCUGUCUCAGCCAAGCCUGCCAGCUUGGUGUCAGCAGCAAACUUGCUGAGCAGACUCUGUCUAUGCCCUCAUCAGUGUCAUUGAUGAAGAUAUUGAACAGGACUGGCCCCAGCACUGAUCCCUGGGGGAUACCACUGGUCACAACUAUCCAGCUGGACCUGGCACCGUUGAUCACCACCUUCUGAACUCUAUCAUGCAACCAAUUCCUAACCCACCUCACUGCCUGCUCUUCCACACUGGCUCAGGUUGCUCACUAAAAUGUCAUGGCAGACUCCAUCCACUGCUCUCCCUCAAUCUACCUAUUCAGUGAUGGCAUCCUAAAAUGCUCUCAGCCAUUGCCCUCCUGCUGUCCCUGAAGGCCUUUGGGAGCAGUCUCUGUGCAAGCCCUGGAAGGUCACUCUUAGGUGUGCCUGGAGCCUUCUCUUCUCCAGGCUGAAUACCCUCAUCUCCCUCAGCCUGUCCUCAGAGCUGAGCUGUUCCAAGUCCCUGAUCAUUCUCAUGGCCUCCUCUGGACCCUGUCAGUCAGGUCCCUGUCCUUGCUGUGUUGAGGGCUCCAGGACUGGAUGCAGCAGUGCAGGGACUGUGUCUUCUCUGCAGCAGCCCUGUACCUCUGUGCUGGGGAAGAGCAGAGUUUGAAGAGCUCCCCUGUGAAGAGCCCAGCAGGUAAGAGCAGUGACCUCGUCCUCCACUAGCAUGGCCUCAGAGAAGGAUCCAGACAAGAGCUGGGAGGAGAAGCAGCACCGAGAGAGUAAGAUAGAGCAGGCCAAGUGCAGCCUGCUGAAAGAGGAGGAGAAAGAUUUCAAGACAGAGAAUGAUAACAAUGAGGGGAAUGAUGACUGUGAUGAUAUUGAGCAUGAGGAGGAUGAUGAGAGUGAAGAUGACGAAGAUGAGGAGGAGGAAUAUGAGGCGGAGGAUGGGUUGAUGUUAGCCCCCUCUGUGCUGGUCAAGCAGCUGCUUCAGUGCUCUGAGUGUGGGCAUACCUUCACACGGCGCUCCAGUCUCACUGAGCACCGCCGAGCCCACACCAGUGAGAGGCCCUUCAGCUGUGCUAACUGUGACAAGAGAUUCAGAAGGCACUCAGACCUCAUUGUCCACUGCCGAAGCCACACGGGCGAGAAGCCCUUCAGCUGUGUUGACUGUGGCAAGAGAUUCACAAAGCGUUCUAACCUCAUUGCCCACCGCCGAACCCACACGGGUGAGAAGCCCUUCAGGUGUGCUGACUGUGGCAAGAGAUUCAGAAUGCGCUCACAUCUCAUUGUCCACUGCCGAAUCCACACGGGUGAGAGGCCUUUCAGCUGUGCUGACUGUGGCAAUAGAUUCACACAGCUCUCCAGCCUAACUAAACACCGCCGAAUCCACACAGGCAAGAAGCGUGUCAGCUGUACUGGGUGUGGUGAGACCUUCACAGUGAGCUCUAACCUCAAACAUCGUCAUGCCCACACCUGUGAGAAACUCUUCAGCUGUGCUGACUGUGGCAAGACAUUUGCACAGCGCUCCAGUCUCAUUGUCCACCACCGAACCCACACCGGCGAGAAGCCCUUCAGCUGUGCUGACUGCAGCAAGAGAUUCACUUGGAAGUCUGCUCUCACUCGGCACCACAGUGUGCACACCACUGAGAAGUUCUUCAGCUGUGGGGACUGUGGCAAGAGUUUCAAAACCAGCCUUGGCUUCACGUUCCACCGACGCACCCACACCAGAGAGCACCUGUACCCCUGCACAGAGUGCGGCAAGAGCUUCACCACCAGCUCACAUUUCAUCCAGCACAGACUCAUCCACAGCGGUGAGAAACCCUACAGCUGCAGGGACUGCGGCAAGAGCUUCACCCACCGAUCUGCCCAUGCCCGACACCGUCGUGUCCACAGUGGUGAGAAGCCCUUUACCUGCUCUGACUGUGGCAAGAGCUUCACCCAGAGCUCUGCCCUCACCCGGCACAGUUUUGUGCACACUGGUGAGAAGCCCUUCACUUGCUCUGCCUGUGGCAAGAGCUUCAAGCAAAGCAGCCAUCUCACUUCCCACCGCCGCACCCACACUGGUGAGAAGCCCUUCACCUGCUCCCACUGUGGCAAGAGCUUCGCCAGCAGACGCAGUCUCACUUUUCACCACUGCCGCACCCACAUUGGGGACCAACCCACGCUGCAGAGCAAGCACUAAUAGCCCCACCCUGGGUCUGUUGGGGUAAUUGUGCCCCCACCCCAAGAAGGCCUUUCCAGCAGGUUGACCCAAAUUCACCUCUUUUCCACCUGCAUUUCUCAGAGGCUGGGGGCUCCAGCAGGAACAAACACCUCCUGCCCUGCUGAGCACCAAUCAGUGCUGCUGAGAAUCAUUGCAGUGCUGAGUCAGCACAGCCAGAGCUGCCAUUGGAGCUGGGCUGAGCUGUGCAGGGAUUUGUCUGGUUCUUCCCCUAUUCUUUGUGUCUCUGUGGAGUUAGACUCUCUCUGCCCAUGCUCAGUUGUGUCAAUAAAAGCCCACAGUGACCCAAA